AUGACUACAGAAUUUGUCGUGGAGGUUGCCAAUGGAUCAGACCCUACGUUCCGAUCCUACAAGGGCAACCAGGCUAGUGAAUACAACGAAGGUCGCCCUGCCUACGCACAGGAACUGUACCGAGACAUACUGAAGUACCACGAUAAUGCUGGACUGCGUGGCAUUGUUGUCGAUGUUGGUUGUGGUCCUGGGAGAGCGACACGCGAAAUUGGACGUUUCUUCGACCAGGCAAUCGGCAUCGACCCUAGUGAAAAUAUGAUUGAGACGGCCCGGAGGGUCGGUGGCACGACACAGGCCAAUAAACCAAUCAAGUAUCACGUCUCUGCUGCUGAGAAGAUAGCAAGCCUCGAUGACGUGCCCCUUGGCGAUAUCGAUCUCAUUACAGCAGCGACAGCCUUUGACAUGUCAGAAUUCUGGGACCAAGCUGCCCAGCUCCUCAGGCCUAGUGGCACGGUCGCUCUGUGGACGACAGGUUGCUUUUAUGCGCAUCCUUUGUCCGAGAAUGCAGCGGAGCUAAACCGUAUCAUGCGCCGAUUGGAGUGCGAUGAGCUCGCUCGCUUCGAAGUUGCGCGCAACAUCCUCUCCCGCACACUCUACUAUGAUUUGACACUCCCUUAG